AUGAAUCAACAUUAUUACAACUAUCUGUACUGUAAUGAGAAUCGGCGCCCGCCAGCCACGACCCAUUACUCGGCCUAGUGACACGUUUCACAGGUUAACCUGCGCCUCUGGCUCUGCCACUAUUAAUUUGGCGUGAACUGCAUGCGUAAUGAACGGUCAAAUAUCAAGCGCAAAAGCAUAGAGACAACCCUUUUUCCUUUCUUUUUAGUUUGCUUCAAUUACUGUUCAAUUAUAUGUCUCUUUAGCUAAAGAAUUUAAAAUGAGGUGUAAAUAUAAUGCAUGAUAUCAUGAUAUGAUUUUGCGAAGAUUUUCAAAAUAGAGCAGGAAAAGAAAUGGAGGUAAGGUAAGCAAAAGCUGAAAGUGAGGUGAUACUCCUAACCCACAUGCUACAAUGCGCCAUCUACCGAGACAAUAUAGACUGGCCUCCUUCCUUUUUGAAAGAUAAAAACUUUCUUUUCUCUUUUGGAUACGUUUGAAGCUGCAAGGGAAUCGCCUUUUACUGAAGGUGUGUGAGCAGGAUAAGAGCAUGCAUACUCUUUCCGGUUUGAACCAAGUAUAUAGCUACUUUAUGUAGACAGAGAAAGAGAGAGAAGGAGGGGGUGAUGUUGAGGCUUUUGGCUUAAAGAAGGAAUCAGUUCAGUUGUGUUAUUAUGACGAUGAGUGGGUUUCAUUGAAAGGUCGGUUUCUUUGAAGGAGAUAAAAACAAGAAGAAAGGGAGACGGUUCAUACUUUGGUUGGCGUGCUUCGAUGCAAACUGAUGGUUUUUUUUUUUUUUUGGUUGCGUUAUAGCCCCACCCACUUUGUAGAAUUUUUUUUUUUUUUUCAGUAGCUACCAACCUUUUCUGCAGGCUUUGUUCCUUGACUUUGGACUUUUGCUUACUUUUAUUGGUUGAUUGUCAACAACCGUAGAUUCCAUGACAUGGGUCGAUCCUAGUUUUGGAAGAUUGGAAUAAAAGAAAAAGACAAAUGAAAUAUGGGUAAAAGGCUUUAGCUUUUGAAUUUUGCGUUUUGUUAUGAAGAUGAUGGGCUCUGUUGAAGAGAAGAUCAAAGCUGGAGGCUUGGUUGGUCGAGCACAAACUACUUUGCUCGAGGAAAUGAAGUUGUUGAAAGAAAUGCAGGAUCAGUCUGGGGCAAGGAAAGCUAUGAAUUCGGAGCUAUGGCAUGCCUGCGCAGGUCCCAUUGUUUCUUUGCCUCAUCCGGGUAGUCAUGUGUAUUACUUCCCUCAGGGACAUAGUGAACAGGUGGCAGCAUCUACUAAGAGAUCGGCAACCUCUCAAAUUCCCAACUAUCCUAAUCUUCCAUCUCAGUUGUUGUGCCAAGUUCACAAUGUUACCUUACAUGCAGACAAAGAUUCGGAUGAAGUCUAUGCCCAAAUGAGUCUUCAGCCAUUGAAUUCUGAAAAGGACAUCUUCCUGAUACCGGACCUUGGACUAGAGCCCAGCAAACAUCCAACCGAAUUUUUCUGCAAAACUCUGACUGCAAGUGAUACAAGCACACAUGGUGGCUUCUCAGUGCCACGUAGAGCUGCAGAAAAGCUCUUUCCUCCAUUGGAUUAUUCAAUGCAACCGCCAACACAAGAACUUGUUGUUCGUGACCUGCAUGAUAAUACCUGGACAUUUCGCCAUAUAUACCGCGGGCAGCCAAAAAGGCACCUUCUCACAACAGGGUGGAGUUUGUUUGUUGGGUCUAAAAGGCUCAGAGCUGGUGAUUCUGUUUUAUUUAUUAGGGAUGAAAAAUCACAGUUAUUGGUUGGUGUAAGGCAUGCAAAUCGCCAACAAACAGCAUUACCUUCUUCGGUAUUAUCAGCCGAUAGCAUGCACAUUGGUGUGCUUGCUGCUGCAGCUUAUGCUGCCUCCAAUCGUAGCCCAUUUACUGUUUUCUACAACCCAAGGGCAUGCCCUGCAGAAUUCGUUAUUCCUGUGGCUAAAUAUAGAAAGUCUGUAUUUGGGACCCAAAUUUCUGUUGGUAUGCGGUUUGGAAUGAUGUUUGAAACAGAGGAGUCGGGUAAACGGAGAUUUAUGGGAACAAUUGUUGGGGUUAGUGAUUUGGAUCCACUGAGGUGGCCUGGUUCCAAAUGGCGGAAUCUUCAGGUAGAGUGGGAUGAGCCAGGUUGUAGUGAUAAGCAGAAAAGGGUUAGUCCAUGGGAAAUCGAGACUCCUGAAAGUCUAUUCAUAUUUCCGUCUCUGACAUCAGGCCUUAAACGACCAUUUUCUUCUGGAUUUUUAGGAACAGAAACUGAGUUUGGAAAUUUAUUGAAAAGGCCUCUCAUCUGUCCUGAGAUUGGAAAUGGGGUUAUGCCAUACUCUCCGUUAUCAAACCUGUGUUCUGAGCAAUUAAUCAAGAUGAUGUUGAAACCUCAGCUUGGUAAUAGUUCUGGAACCUGUGCUGCUUCUCUGCAACAAUCGUCCAAUGCCAAGGGAGCUCCAGUACCAGCAGAAGAGGCAAAGACCCUGCAGGCUGUAGUGAAUCAGAAACCUCAGCAUGUCCAGUCAGAAAAUGCAAGGAUAGAAAACCAAAAUAGUUCUCGAUUAUGUGUUGACCAAAAUGAUGCCACAAAUAUAAGUUCAUUGAAACCAAAUCCCCCAAGCAAAUGUGAGAAGCAAACAUCAGCUGGAACUAAUAAUGACAAUUUCGGAUCAGAGCCUGAGCAAUCAGCUGAUCAGCUUAUUCAUUUAACUUCUAUGGGAGAGAGCAGCAUGGAAAAACUGGUGACUAGUCCUCUAAAUCCACAGAUCUUAGUAAACCAGCUUACGUGCCAUACCCUGAACCAGGCUCCAAUGCAGUUGCAAACCAGUCCUUGGUCAAUGCAGUCACAACAGGGAUCAGCUGCAUUGCACGGGCCACAGAUUAAUGUACCCCAAUAUGAUUCUGGUAAUCUGAAUGGAUUACUUCCUUUCAUUGACACUGAUGAAUGGAUGUUGCACACCUCUUGUCAAUCACUUGCUGGUAUGUAUGGUAAAACAACAGGGCCAUUAACCAUGUCUGGAAUGCCAGACCCUUCAGCAGUGUUCCCUGAAGUAAUCAAUCCCCCUUUACCUUCACCAGGCCAGGAAAUGUGGGAUCAUCAUCUGAAUAAUCUGACAUUCUCAACCCAAGUUGACCUGUAUACUCCAUUUGCUCAGCUCAAUCCCUGUGGCCUAAACUCCAAUGCGUUGAGGGAUCUGUCGGAUGCUAGCAAUAAUCAAAGUGGGACUUACACCUGUGUUAACAUUGAUGCUACUAAUGGUGCAAGCGCUAUGAUUGAUCAUUCCAUCUCAAGUACAAUUAUGGAUGGGUUCUGUACAUUGAAGGAUGCUAAUUUCCAGAAUCCUUGUAACUGUUUAAUUAACAAUUUCGGCUCCAGCCAGGAUGUCCAAUCUCAGAUUACUUCUGCAAGCCUAGCAGAUUCUCAGGCUGUCUCUAAGCAGGACUUCCAAGACAACUCAGGUGGCACAUCUUCAAGUAAUGUGGAAUUUGAUGAGAGCGGUCUAUUGCAAAAUGCCUCGUGGCAGCCAGUAGCUCUGCCUGUGCGGACAUAUACCAAGGUUCAAAAGGCAGGAUCCGUUGGGAGGUCCAUUGAUGUCACGACUUUUAAAAAUUAUGAUGAACUAUGCUCUGCCAUUGAGCAAAUGUUUGGACUUGAGGGUCUGCUAAGUGACCCGCGAGGCUCUGAAUGGAAACUGGUGUACGUAGAUUAUGAAAACGACGUUUUACUUAUCGGAGAUGAUCCUUGGGAAGAAUUUGUUGGGUGUGUCCGGUGCAUCAGGAUUCUGUCACCUCAAGAAGUUAAGCAGAUGAGUGAAGAGGGAAUGAAGCUUCUCAACAGUGCUGCGAUGCAACGCAUUGAAUGUUCCACGGCAGGUGGUGGUCGAAGUGGCGCUCAGUGAAUCCCAGAUUUUCUUGCUUACUGCGUUGUUUAUGGAAGGAGAAGGCCUUGUGAUUAUUAUGUGAUACCCACUGGCAAAAUAUAUGGAUGGUGCUGUGAACAUUGCUUCAAGGAAAGAUGUAGAGGCCAUCACCUUUAUUUUUACAUUUGUUAAGAGUAGAGGAAAUGAAACUACUAAUAUUAGUAUCAUCA